UCUAUCUUUCUGAGUCUUGUUUGAUUUAUUAUUUCAUUGUAUUCUUACACUCUACCCCUUCCGUAGCUCUUUGCUUCUCAUGUUUUCUUGAUUUUGCGGUCACCCUUUUGCCGGAACACAACAUUUUCUCACCAAGAUUACAUUUUUAUCCAUUUUUUCUCUUUUUCUUUUUGUGUAUCGAUAGUCUUUUGGUGGAUUUUCCUGCCACCCUUUUGCUUUCUCCGGGAAAAACUCCGGCCAUAUUUACUUUUUUUCCCAGUUGGGAUUUGGGUCUAAAGACUUAAUCUUGGAGCUUAUUUAAGGUAAUAUGCAGUUAAAGAUUAGAUUUUUCCAUCUGGGGUUGGUUAAAUUAGAUCAUGGAAGUGUUAAACAUGCAUGUACAUGUGGAAAUAGUUAAGUUUAAGAGGUUUAGUGUGGUAUUGUUGAUAAUAUAUUUGGUGGAUAAUUUAUGGUUUGCCAUGGGAGAUAAUACAGAUGAGAAAAAGAAAAGUUGUAGAGUACUGGAAAUGGAGAAGUUUUCUAUGGAAAGUAGUAAAUUUUCAAGGGACUUAUUGCAAAGAUUUAUGGGGAGUAGUAGUUCAAGAGCAAAGGAGGAGGAUGAGGAAAAUGAUGAGGGAGAAUUAGAGUUGAAUCUUGGAUUAUCAUUAGGAGGUAGAUUUGGUGUGGACAAAUCUUGUAAUAAUAAGUUGAUAAGGUCUAGUUCUGUAGCUGCUUGUUUGCCUAUAGUUAGAGAUGAUGAUGCUUUAGCACCAUCACCUCCAGUUUCUUAUCCAGCUAGUUUAGUGAGAACUUCUUCUUUGCCUGUGGAGACUGAGGAAGAAUGGAGGAAAAGGAAAGAGUUGCAGACUUUGAGAAGAAUGGAAGCUAAGAGGAGAAGAUCAGAGAAGCAGAGGAAUUUAAGGAGUGGUGAUAAAGAAAGUGGUGGAGGAAGUGUGGAAGAUGUAAAGAGGGAAAUUGAGGUGAAUUUGAGAGGUAAAUUGGAGAAAGAACAGUACUUGGCGACAGCGAAAAAGUUUGGUUUAUCGGUAUCUCCAACGUUGGCUGCAGUUGCUAGACAAGGUAAUUUGGGAGGAGGUGGAAUGGAUUUGGCAAUGGAAAAAGGUAAAGGAAGUUAUUCUGGUAGUAAAAAGCAAGGACAAGGGCAAUUGGGAUCACAAGGUUCUGUGGAAUCCCAAGGUGGUGGUGGUAGUUCUUCAAGUAUGUCUGAAUUGGAAAGUAAACCUCCACAAGGGUCUGGCGAGCUAAGCCCUGCCAGUAUCCACUCAUUACAAGGAGGAGGGAGUCAAGACGUUGGUUCGUCCGGGUCAAAAAUGAGAGAGAUUGUAAACAGGCUGUCGGGAGGUGAUAUGGACAGUAGUCCAUCUAAGAGGCUCGAUGCAGCAAAACGUCAGGCAAAGGAAACCGGAGCAAACGCAUUGGGAGAUAUGCCAUGCGUUUUCACAAAAGGAGAUGGUCCUAAUGGUAGAAGAGUAGACGGCAUAUUAUACAAGUACGGGAAAGGGGAGGAGGUAAGAAUUAUGUGCGUAUGUCACGGUAGUUUUCACUCACCAGCCGAGUUUGUUAAGCACGCUGGAGGUACCGACGUUGCUCACCCUCUCAAGCAUAUUGUUGUAAACCCCAGUGCUUCUCCCCUCCUGUGACUGAUACCACAGAGUUUCGGAGGAAGAGGAUAUCGCAGAAUACUACAUGCGAACUAGUAAGAACUUUUUCAUUUUCAUUUUUGCUUUUUCUAUUCCUCUUUUUAAGAGUGAGAUAUAUGUAUCGAGUCGCGCACAUGUUAGAGGGAUGAUGGUCUAAAGAAAAAGUUUUGUUUGUACAUUUACGGAUUCUUUUAGGAAAUUCAGAGGAAUGAAUCUUGAAAGAUAUCAUGGUCUUAUCUAAUCUGGACCCUUUAGAUCCUUACUAUA